ACAGCCAGCGCCUCCCCAGCCUUCCGCCAUGAAGCUGGCCACCAUCCUCGCCCUGGCUGCCCUAGCCAUGUGCUGCAGCUCUGCUUCUGCAGAGAUCUGCCCAAGAUUUCUAUAUGCCUUUGAGAAAUUCCUCCUGGGCACCCUCUCGAGUUAUGAAGGCUCCCUGAAGCCUUUCCACCCCGAGCAAGCCAUCUUGGACUCAGCCCUCCAGAUGAAGAAGCUGGUGGACACGCUCCCCCAGGAGACCCGAUCCAACGUCAUGAAGCUGGCGGACAGUAUAUUAAAAAGCCCACUAUGUGCAUCUGACAUAGGAGCCCAAAGCCCAAGGAGUGUCAAAGGCAAAGAUGCCUAA